GAUUUCAGUGGAAAGAAAGCAAAGCGAUGGCAUAUUGCAGUUUUCUUCAAAUGUUAUUGGUGUGUUUUUUCUACUUGGCAUACUUUUGCCAGCGUUUCAGACUGGCUUCAGCAGGAACAAUUGCCGGGGAUCAUAUUGCCGAAAGACAUCGUCUAUUAGAAUUCCUCACAAAUAAUUCAGAUAUCAAGAAGGAAAUUCUCCCAGCUCCUGUUAUCAAUAAACCGGUUAAUGUUGAAGUGAGAAUCAAAUUGCGACAAAUUGCUGAUGUGAACGAGAAGAAUCAAGCAGUUCGUAUUGUAGUGUGGCUCAGGUUGCAGUGGAAUAAUCCAUUGUUGAGAUGGGAUCCUGAGCAGUACGGAGGGAUCAAGAGUGUUAAUGUUAAUAAUAAAUAUUUCUGGCUGCCUGAUGUUGCAAUAUUCAACGAGGCAAGUCAAGAAGAUGAAAUUGAAAUUCUCCACAAACGUUUAGUGACGAAAUUGGUUAUCUCCAAAGAUGGUAAUUGUACUUGGAGUGCUCCAGUAACAUUGAACAGUCAGUGCCGAAUAGAUGUCGCUCGCUUUCCCUUUGACGAGCAAACAUGUCAGGUUUCAAUAGGUUCUUGGACGUAUUCCGGAUAUAAAAUCAACGUGUCACACUCCGACGAGAAUGUAGCCAUGAUUGAUUAUAUCAGAAACGGAGAGUGGGAUGUUAAAAGCGCGAUUUUGAGUCAGAAUUUCAGAUACUAUCUUCCUGAUAACAUACCCUACCCCGACAUCACAUUGACCUUGAAAAUUAAACGACGUCCACUGUACUACACAUUGCAACUAAUACUUCCGUUGGCGGUCAUCUCAAUGCUGACGUUUUUCAGUUUUAUUCUGCCUUUAAAGAGCGAAGGGCAAAUAUCAAUUUUGAUCACUCUCGUUGUUGCAAUUUCUGUUUUUUCAAUAAUAAUAUCGUCUGUGUUACCAGAGACUUCAGACAGCGCCUCUGUUCUUCAAACAUAUUGUAUUGGGAUUUUUCUAUCGGUUACCAUGGUUUCAUUUCCAGCAGUUAUGACGACGAGGCUAGUAAAUUACUCCUACCCAAUGCCAAAUUGGUUUCGUAAAUGUAUGAGAAUUCCAAAGAAGCAAAAAGAGAAGGAGGUGGGAGCUGAUAACCAUAUUAAUGAAAUAGAUGCGAAUGAAUCGCAGCGGAACUCCGUCCGCAAAAAUCAUGAGAGCGUCAACGAGACUGAAGAAUAUAAAAAACAGUGGAAAACUGCUGCAAAAGUUAUUCACAGAAUUGGUCUGCUGUGUUUCCUCCUAUGCUUCGCGGGUUUUAAUAUUUUCUUGCUGGUAGAAUACAAAAGAUAAAAACACAAGUUCCAAUUUCGAGCAGUAGUGUGAACUUGAUAAAAAAUUACUUAGUAUAUCCUGUACGAUAUAAUGAAAACGCAUGGCAAAUAAUGUUGUAUUCAACCAGGCUAGUUACGCACGAUAGUUUAUUUUAAGGUCUUCGUGAUGUUUUUGCAAGCACUUUUAUUCUACUUGCUAAGUUAUAUAUAUUAAUGUAAUAACAACAUUUUAAAUGUUUUCGCUAAUACCAAAAGUCCAAAGGCAUGAUUUAAUCUUAACCAACUAUUUGUAUAAUUGUAC